CCCAUCUUUCCCCAUUUCAUUUCCACCGCACCCUCACAAAAAAAACCCUUCCCCUUCACUUUCUCUCUCCUCCCUUCACCACUUCCGCCAUGGGAAGAGUUAUCCGUGCUCAACGUAAGGGAGCAGGUUCUGUGUUCAAAUCCCACACCCACCAUAGAAAAGGUGCUGCGAAGUUUCGAACCCUUGACUUCGGUGAACGUAAUGGAUACUUAAAAGGUGUUAUCACUGAAAUUAUCCAUGACCCAGGACGUGGUGCACCACUUGCUCGCGUAACUUUCCGUCAUCCUUUCAGGUAUAAGCAUCAGAAGGAGUUGUUUGUUGCUGCAGAAGGAAUGUAUUCUGGUCAGUUUGUUUAUUGUGGGAAGAAAGCAAAUUUAAUGGUGGGAAAUGUUCUUCCUUUGAGAUCUAUUCCUGAAGGAGCUGUUGUUUGUAAUGUUGAACAUCAUGUUGGUGAUCGUGGUGUUCUUGCUCGUGCUUCUGGGGAUUAUGCUAUUGUUAUUUCUCACAACCCUGAUAAUGAUACUUCUAGGAUCAAGCUCCCAUCCGGUUCGAAGAAGAUUGUCCCAAGUGGUUGCCGUGCUAUGAUUGGUCAAGUUGCUGGUGGAGGUCGUACUGAGAAGCCCCUUCUUAAGGCAGGAAAUGCUUACCACAAGUACAGAGUCAAGAGAAACUGCUGGCCCAAGGUUCGUGGUGUUGCUAUGAAUCCAGUUGAGCAUCCCCAUGGUGGUGGUAACCACCAGCAUAUUGGUCAUGCCUCUACUGUGCGUAGAGAUGCACCACCAGGGCAAAAGGUUGGUCUCAUUGCUGCCAGGAGGACUGGUCGUCUUCGUGGUCAAGCUGCCGCCAAUGUUUCCAAGAGCGACAAGGCUUAAGUUAUCUAGGCAUGUUAUCGUCAUUUUUGAUGUUGUUUUCUUUUAUUAAGAGUAUCUAUUUUGAAGACUGCAGUAUUAAGGAUAUACUACUGAGUUUUGUUCACAAUUUUAGGAUUGGAUUUUGUCAUGGUGGUACUUCGGAUAAAUUUCACAAUUCCCAGUGCCUUUUUAGCUCAA